CAAAAGAAAAAACUUGUCCAGAGAGGCGCGUCCAGAUCAAGUCUUCUGCGGAAAAGGUCUGCACAAAUAAUCUGAUCAACCUGUCGCGUGUUUCCGCUUUCAAUUUCCGGACCUCCACAUAAUAGGUCGCAAAGGCCCGAGGGGCCAAGGGUCACCAUGUCAAUUGGCAAAUACGUCCAUCCUACAACCUAUCCCAGCCUGGCUGACGAUGAGAUCUCUGUAAUCAACAAGAUACACGACUUCACCGAGAAGUAUUUCCAGGAUGCGCGCUUUGACGCGUCCCAUGAUUUCGACCAUGUCAAGCGAGUUGUCAACAACGCGCUUGUCAUCCUUGAGAAGGAGGAAGAACGCCGGAAACUAAGGGCCAUGCCCGCGUUGAACCCUUUGUUCGUCAUUCUAGGUGCACUGCUUCACGAUGUUGAGGACAAGAAAUACGUCACCGCAGACUCAAAAGAAUCGCCGUUGGCUAAGGCCGUCUUGGACACCGGCAUGUCCACGGAAUACGCAGAACAACUGCGACUGUUGGUGGAAGGAGUCUCGUACUCGUCCGAGAUCAAGGACCCGCAGCAUGUAACAGACCUGAUCGAAGUGAUUCCAGAGCUUGCAGUUGUGCAAGACGCGGACCGUCUCGAUGCCAUUGGAGCCAUUGGCAUUGGUAGAUGUUUCACCUUUGGAGGCGCCAAAGGCGCAAGGAGUUUGGCUGAUUCAAUCCAGCAUUUCGAAGACAAGUUGCUGAGGCUGGAGUCGAUGAUGAAGACCGAAGCAGGAAAGACCAUGGCCGAGGAGAGGUCGAACCGUAUUCGUGAGUUCAUGGGUUGGUGGCAGGAUGAAAUCGGUCAAUGAAUAUUGACCCAGGACACGCUUACUCCUCGUUGCCACGUGUGCAACAAGCUUUCACGCGUUCUCCUGAUGCUCGAGACGUU